AUGUGGCGGCCUCUUUCGGCCCCCAUUAGUCCUCUUCAGCCAUUCAUGGCCAUGCUAGCGAUAUUAGCAUAUUUGGUCGUGCGAUUCAUUUAUAGGAAAUAUCUUUACCCGAAAUUCUUUACUCCUCUCAAGCAUAUCCCGCUGGCGAUAGCAAAACCCCCAUCAAAGGACGACGAGAAAGAGGUUACCAGCUCACGGAAAGUGGUAUCAUCCCUGCGCUAUGCCUCUGCGACUGUGCCGAAUAAUGGUCUCCUUCGAUUUUAUCGCAAGGAUAUGAACGAGAGAGUUCUAGUCACUGGUGUAAAGGCGUUGAACGAUAUUCUUGUAACGAAAGCGUCGGCGUUUGUGAAGCCCGAGCCCGUCCGGCGGAAAUUGUAUGUGUUUGGUGGUGAUGGGCUGCUUUUAUCUGAAGGCGAGACACAUAAGGCCCAACGUAAAGGUUUAAUGCCAGCAUUCUCCUUCCGCCACAUCAAAGAUCUCUACCCGAUCUUCUGGUCCAAGUCGAGAGAUCUCGUCAAAGUCCUUGAACAUGAAAUCUCGCACCAAGGAUCUUCAAAAUCGGACGUCAUCGUCAUGAAAACCUGGGCAACCCGAACGACCCUCGACAUCCUCGGUCUUGCCGGAAUGGACCACGAUUUUCGGUUUUUGCGAGACCCGACAAACGCUCUCGUCCAGCAUUAUGAGAAAACCCAAACUCCUCCCUCUCGCGUUGAAGUUCUGCUCGGGGCCAUUUUGUCGUUGCUCACUUCGAAUUACGAGGUGCUAAUGACGAAGAUUCCGACUGCGCGGGUGCGACAAUUGAACGAAGGAUCGAAGUAUAUUCGGCAACUCUGCCGCCAACUAAUUCAAGAAAAGCGUGAGAAAAUGAACAAACCAGAGUCACAAACUGGAGUGGACAUCAUCUCCGUUGCGCUGAGAAGCGAGGCAUUUACCAAUGAAAAUCUCGUGGAUCAGAUGAUGACAUUCCUCGCAGCUGGUCAUGGCACAACCAGUCAUUCUCUUCAAUGGGCGGUAUACGCUCUUUGCAAGCAUCAAGACAUACAAAGCCGACUGCGAAAGGAAGUGCGCGAUUGUCUGCCUUCAAUCAGCGAUCCAGAAUCUAUCAUCACGGCGCAGGAACUUGAUAGUCUCCCAUAUCUCCACGCCUUUUGCAACGAAGUACUCCGUUUCUACCCUUCCAUCCCCGCCACAGCUCGAGCAUCCAUUCGAGACACGACAGUUGCAGGGUAUCAUAUCCCCAAGAACACAGGCUUCAUCAUCCCAAUGGGAAUAAUCAACCACGACCCAGAACUAUGGGGACUAACAGCAUCGACCUUUGAUCCGGAACGCUGGUUAGGUGAAGGACGAGCCAAUUCCGGUGGUGUCCAGAACCACCUCGGAUUUCUUACCUUCUUACAUGGUCCUAGGAGUUGCAUUGGAUCGGGGUUUGCGAGGGCUGAAUUGGCUUUUUUGGUUGCUGCGCUUGUAGGGAGGUUUCAGAUGGAUCUUGAGGAUCCGGAUGGCAAGUUUGAGUUGAGUACGCAUGGUAUUGGGACUUCUCCGAAGGAUGGGGUGCGCACGAGGUUGAGGGUUUUGGACGGGUGGUGA